AUGGCGUCGGACGAUGAAAAGCUGUUGGCCCUCCAAAAGGAGAUUUUUACGAAAAUUUACAAUGAUAAGGUGACAGAACUGAAAACAUUAUUGGGGGCGAACAAGAUCAAGGUUGAUUUCAUCGACGAGAAUGAAUUGAGUCCUCUGCAGCACGCCUGCUACAGAGGUAACACCGAAAUAGCACAGAUGCUCAUAGAUCAGGGCGCGGACGUAAAUAUGUGUCUGCACGAACAUGCUUAUACUGCUCUCCAUUUUGCUGCAUUAAGUGGCAAUGCCGAUCUUUGUCAUUUGUUAAUGUCACACAAUGCCAAAAUUACUGCAGUUAAUGACGUUGGACGCACACCGGCGCAAUUAGCUGCCUUUGUUGGGAAUUACAAUUGUGUGGCAACUAUAAAUAAUUUCAUACCGAAAGCUGAUAUAGAUUAUUAUAUCAAACCACAAGGACUACAGACUGAGCCACUACUUCCACCUCAUUUAGCAGACUCGUUUCAUAAGUUCAUAAUGCAAGGGAACGUUCAUCCUGUACGUGUAGCAUUAAACUUGCAAAGAUGUCCUGGACUUUUGGAGAAUCUUCCCAAGGUGCAGAAAGUAUUGGAAACAAUGCGAUACCGAGAGAUGACUCGUGGAGUGGAAACAAAUGAAAUAAUGGCAUUUAAAUAUCACUACCUCAGUUGCGUAGUUGCCGAAGUAAUAAAAUGUCAGAAACACCAAGAAGCACUGAAAGCUGAGAAAAAGUCUGAUCCUGUUGAGUUACUAGUCAGAAAAUUUUUGAAGUGUAGCAAAAGUGAUGGCAAUCCUGAGUAUCAAGAAAGUUUCUUGCGUGAAUCCGUGCGUGAGUUUCCCUUUAGGGAAAGCACAAUUUUUAGACAGAUGGUAGCAACUCUGGCCAGUAACGAUCCACCGUCGGCUGUAUCGGUGGUAUCAGCUGCGAUCAAUGGUCAAAGAGGUUUUACCGAUAAUCUUCAGAUUUGUAUAACUUGUGGUGAAGAGAAAGCCACAAAGAAAUGUAGUAAAUGUAAGGCGGUACAAUAUUGCGACAGAGAGUGCCAAAGGUUGCACUGGUUUAUGCAUAAGAAAGCAUGUGCUAGGCCAGUUGGCCAAACUUCUGGUGGUAUAAAAGUGACUGAGACAGACAAGAUUUAAAUUGGUAAUGCAGUUAGCACAAGAUUACAACAUUUUGCGGUCAAUUUGGACGUGUGAUCGCCUUGUAAAAAGGAGUCGUUCAAUCAAUUGUCGCACAUCUGGAUGCUCUGUACCUCUACUUGGCUCUGCACUUAUUUAUUUUCUGUAAAUAACCAAUUCCCAUAUGUGCGAUCAUGGCUGCAAGAGCCAUGACAUUGGUGCUUGAAAAAGAUUUCAUCAGUUCGUAAUUUCGUCCUUUUUAAACAAAAAUGGAUUGCAAGAGUACAAUUUAUAUCAAGCAUUAGUGCAGUCAUACAUGUCAUUUAAUUUGGAAUGAAUGAAUGGAAAUUCUCGAGAAAAGUAUUAUAAUUCAACGCCAUGAAAUAUUGUUGUAACGUAGUCACUGAUGUAAGGAAAAAUGGGAGUGGUCAUCGAAAGCAGCCAGUUAGUUUAUUGUGAUAUCAGUAUCUCGAUGAAUUAAGUUUUAUAAUACUGCUUUUGGUGUUGACCAUCUUUUAAAACAAUCCAUAGAUAGGGUAUAAGAAUAUGGAUUUUAAAAAUAAGCGAUACUCUAAUGAAACAGUAAUUGAUCUGCAAGUAUUUUCCGGUGAAAUGCAAUUCAUUUCUUAAUGUUCACCAGCCAAUUGCCAAAGUAAAAGGUGCUAAUCUUUAGCAUCUUCAGGAAAUAGACUUUUAUAUGACGGCAUGUGACGUAACAUCAAAACCCACGCAACAGUGCUGACAAUUAGUCCAAUGUAAGGACGAAUGUCCGUAUCGAAUGAUCUCUGUACGAUAACAUUAUUUUUGAGUACUUUUUAUGUGCUUCUGAUUUUUUACCAUUCGAUUCCAAACAGUCUGUGCAUUUUGCAACCAGUACAUCCCCCUGGAGCAUCCUAUUAUCAGUGUACUCACCCAUGUGGUUGUAAUAUCAUUGUAAUGCAAUCGUGUACAUUUGUACUUAGUCGAAAGUAACUCUUUUAUUCCCAGUCUAGGAGUUGUUGGGCGAGUCUUCGUGGACCUCGUAGAGGCAAUGAUUCUAAAUAAAAGUACAUUAACAUCAACGUC